AAAGGCAUACUUUAUGAAUCAGAGCGAUGACGCAGAAACUGCAUGCGCCCUCAGCGGGGGUAUAAGAGAUGGCACUCAGCUCUGUUGCAUCGCACAUAUAAAGGAGAAGUGGAAACAGAUCUACUGAUUAGACUAAUAGCUUCUCGGUAACACGAUCCAAAGGGAUGAACUCAACAGAGAAGUUCUACUUUCCCGUUGAUGGCAUCCUCGAAGUGUUCAACUCUUUUACCGGGCAUCCCCAGCCACGAAUUGCGCACCAAGCUCUGCAGAGCGCAGCUCUCAUCCCGCGAUUUCAGCCACCCAAAGUAUCACACAUAACUAAAACAGGCAUGGGUAUAUUUAAAACUGUCAAAGGGUGCUGGAGACGGCAGGAUAAGAGAGUGGUCUCCAGGAGAUCUUUAAAUUCUGGGCAUCGGCAGAUGUCGACUGAUCGCCUCCCUAAAAAGCCGGUGGACCUGACAGAGUUGGGCGCUAUGCAGCCUAAGAACUGCCACAGAAUUGUAGUACUCGGGGCGCCAAGAGUGGGUAAAACCAACAUCCUCCGGCGGUUCUUGGGAGAAGAAUAUGAAGAACAAUACGAGCCAACUACUGAAGACUUUUACCGCAAGAUGUUUCACAUUGGAGGGGAAACAUACCAGAUCGACCUACUAGAUGCGGCAUCAGAGAGGGACUUCCCAGCAAAACGGAGACUGUCCAUAUUGACAGGUGAUAUUUUUGUCCUUGUCUUCAGCUUGGAUGACAGAGACUCUUUGAAUGAAGUCCGCGAGUUGCUCAACGAAAUUAAAGAAGCCAAGUCAAAAUUACAAAAGUCCAACCAUCUGGCUAGAUUUCCAGCUGUGGUGUGUGCCAAUAAAGCGGACCUUGACGCACAGAGAGUCAUCAGCACCUUAGAAGUGAUGGACAUCCUCGGCGAGGACGCGCCUUUCUUUGAGAUCUCCGCUAAAACAGGCGCCGGACUGGAGAGUACCUUUGCGGCUCUCGCCGCGCUCGGCGGGCUUCCUAAUGAAAUUAGCCCCUCUCUGCAUCAGAUCGUUCCCAUCCUGACCUACCAGUCGAUGUGCAUUGGCAAGAGGGGCAUGAGGAGGGGGAGGCACACGCGGGGACUCGGUGCUCCCUGCGCCGCAGUGGAUCCCCUUGCGCAACGCCCGAGCUUCACCAGCGACCUGCGGCUGGUGCUUGGAUCAAGCACCAAACACAAGAAACCCGAGAAGUGUCAGAUUCAAUGAAUUUUGAAACUUCCCGACAAAACAAAAUUGUAGUAGUAUGCUGCAAUGUCUUACAUGUAUGGAGUUAUACUCCGUGGCACCUGGCCGGACCGGUGCGUUAAAGCGUGUUGUUUUUUCUAUUGUAUUCUGUAACUGCAUCAUUUAAUAAACGUUUGUUUAUA